AUGCCUCAAAAUGAGUACAUGGAGCGCUUCCGCAAGACGCACGGCCGGCGUCUCGACCACGAGGAGCGGCACCGCAAGCGCGAGGCGCGCGAGGGCCACAAGGCGAGCAAGGACGCGCAGAACCUGCGCGGGCUGCGCGCGAAGCUGUACCAGGAGAAGCGGCGCAAGGAGAAGAUCCAGAUGCGCAAGGCGAUCCGCGCGCACGAGGAGCGCAACGUGCGGUCGGCGCCGGCGGACCAGGACCCGAAGACGCCGCUGCCCAACUACCUGCUCGACCGGGCGAACCCGACGCAGGCCAAGGCGCUCAGCUCGGCGGUGAAGAACAAGCGCGCGGAGAAGGCGGCCAAGUUCGCCGUGCCGCUGCCCAAGGUGCGCGGCAUCAGCGAGGAGGAGAUGUUCAAGGUGGUGGCGACGGGCAAGAAGACGGCCAAGAAGAGCUGGAAGCGCAUGGUGACGAAGCCGACCUUCGUCGGCCCCGACUUCACCCGCCGCCCGGUCAAGUACGAGCGCUUCAUCCGCCCCAUGGGCCUGCGCUACAAGAAGGCCAACGUCACCCACCCCGAGCUCGGCGUCACCGUCCAGCUCCCCAUCCUCAGCGUCAAGAAGAACCCCCAGCAGCCCCUCUACACCCAGCUCGGCGUCCUCAGCAAGGGCACCAUCCUCGAGGUCAACGUCUCCGAGCUCGGCCUCGUCACCGCCGGCGGCAAGGUCGCCUGGGGCCGCUACGCCCAGAUCACCAACAACUGCGAGAACGACGGCUGCGUCAACGCCGUCCUGCUCGUCUGA